UUUCUUGUGCAAUGCAAGCGGUUUCGUGUUCUUUACUUCCUUUGACCCUCAAUAGUUUUCCCUAAUUCUCAAUCAGUUUUGUCAUUUUCGUGAUUCGGAAUCUAACUACAGAAAACAGGCAUUUCAAACAUGGCGGUGAGAGCGAAAUUUGAAAACAGCAAUGAAGUUGGGGUUUUCGCGAAGUUGACGAACGCGUAUUGCCUCGUGGGAAUCGGUGCCUCAGAGAACUUCUACAGUGUUUUUGAAGGUGAACUCUCAGAUGUAAUUCCUGUAAUUCGAACAUCAGUUGCAGGCGUUAGAAUUGUUGGGAGACUGUGUGUUGGUAACAGAAAUGGUCUUCUUGUACCAAAUACAACAACAGAUCAGGAACUUCAGCAUAUUCGAAAUGCCUUGCCUGAUUCAGUGAAGAUAACGAGAGUGGAGGAGAGACUUUCGGCGUUAGGAAAUGUAAUUGUCUGUAAUGACUAUGUUGCCCUUGUGCACCCUGAUUUAGACAGGGAAACUGAGGAAAUUUUAGCAGAUACCCUGAAGGUGGAGGUCUUUCGUCAGACUGUGGCAGGGAAUGUUUUAGUUGGGAGCUAUUGUGCUCUUAGUAAUAAUGGUGGCCUAGUCCAUCCAAGAACAGCUGUUGAAGAUCAAGAUGAGUUGUCAUCGCUAUUACAAGUUCCUCUGGUGGCUGGGACAGUCAACAGAGGAAGUGAUGUCGUUGGAGCAGGAAUGGUUGUAAAUGACUGGGUUUCAUUUUGUGGACUGGACACUACAAGUACUGAACUGUCUGUGAUAGAAAGUGUAUUCAAGUUAGGAGAUGCUCAACCAUCAGCUAUUACCAGCAGUAUGAGAGCAUCACUGUUUGAGAGCAUGACAUAAACUGCAGGAAAAUUGAAGCAUAUUGAAGCACAUCAUAUUUGUACAAUCAACUUUCUCUCCAUGGAUAUGUUUAGUACAAGUUCCUAUUUAAUGACGCUAAUAAGUUUCCCGCCUCUUGAACAUCAGCAUCAAGGAGGUGGUUCCUGAAGAGAUGUCGUGGUUGCCAUAGGAAUGUAUGUACUCCUCCCCCCCCCCCCCAGUACACACACGUACACACACACACACACUCACAAUGAUCACUGCCCCAGUAAGCUCUCACAAGAAAGUAAACUCUCGCUCAGAGGGUGGAGAGAUAAAAGGGAAAGGAGUGUGACACAAGUCCUCUCCGUGAUCAAGUGAGAACAUAAUGCCAACUAUGAAGGAAGUGACUGUGUAAAUGAUGUGAUGUCAAACGUGCCAAUCACGAAGAAUGAAAUGACUAAUAUCUUAUGUCGGUAAUUAAUUGCAUAUCAGCCAUAUGUCUUGUCCUCUACGGAUAUUUUUUAAAAAACUGUGAAAGCGUCAGUUUAAUAAAACAGUUGUAUAAUCAUGCCAUAUUUUUCGUCCAACAAGUCGCUUUGCGGCUCACUUUGAAGUAGCCAGAAUGUUCGAGGCUCCUAUCCAAAUCCCGUCAAUGCCUGAAUUUUAUUUAGGAUUAUUUUUCUGUCAUUUCUUGAAAUGCCUUUCACUUGUAACUGUUGAUGCUAUUGAGUCUUUAAAACAGCUUUGUAAUAAUAAAAUACGAGGAAACGGCUUAUCAGUCUGUCUGAACAAUCCUUUUUAAGCAGUGAAUAUAAUUGCAUCAAAGAAAUUUUGAAAUUGUAAAAUGCGAUAGCUUUCUCUCAUUCUUACAUGAUCUGAUUAAGUACGCCAGUGUUUUAUAUCUAUCUCAUUAGCUUGGUGUUAAUAAUUGUAUCAACAAUAGGUGUCCUGUUGGUGCAUGAAAUCUUAUGUUAGAUUUUUGUGUUUUUAGAUUUGAUAAAAGUCGAGCUACGUAACUCUAGGGUAAUUUGAUUGAAUGUAAUGCGCUUGUUGAUACCGUGUAAUAAAGA